UCAAUGCCAACACUGUUAGAAGUGUAGUUACUUCCGGGUUCCCAGGCUGUGUGUCCUGGUUGCUGGCAGGAGAGAGUAUGGAGGCUGAUCUGUUGUAUUGGUGUGUUGAGGAAUUACAGACACGUUUCUCAUUGAGUGUUAGUGAAGACAUUGUAAGGUACAUUCUUUCCAUUGACACGGAGGAAGAAAUUGAUGAGUACAUUAGCGAUCUUGUCCAGGGUUCAGAAGAGAAGAAGUUUGUUUUUGUACACGAGUUGAAGAAUCGAUGGAGGAAGACAAAGCAACAGCCCACCCCAAGUGCAGCACAAGCUUACAACAGGAAAGAGGGUUUAGAUGUUCUCCAGAUGCAAUUAUCAGAGCAGGGCAAGAAAGGGAGACGAAAGGGGAGAAACAAGUUGGAACCUGUUCCUGUCCAAUCUGUAGUAAAUACGGUGGCUGAAGAAGUAAAAACUCCAAUGGAUUUAGCCAAGGCCCAGGAAACUACAAGUCUUUCAUCCUCCAAGAAGAAACAGAAGUUUGUGAACCUACACACGUCAGAAGGCCAAGACAGACUGGCUGUACUUAUCCCUGGACGUCACCCCUGCGAAUGCCUGGGCCAAAAGCACAAGCUCAUAAACAACUGCAUGACCUGCGGGCGCAUUGUUUGUGAGCAGGAGGGAUCUGGGCCUUGCCUCUUCUGUGGGGACCUGGUGUGUACCAGAGAAGAGCAAGAUAUUCUAAUGCGAGAUUCCAAUAAAAGCCAGAAAUUAAGGAAAAAACUCUAUGGAGGUUCUGAAACCCCUUUCAAGUUUGAUGUUUCCACUAAAGAUCUUUUACCCAGAAAAGAUAUGCAAAUGAAGGAAGGCUAUGAAAAGGCAAUGCAGCAUCGGGAUAAGCUCUUAGAGUAUGACAAAACAAGCGUCCGGCGAACACAUGUGAUUGAUGAUGAGUCAGAUUAUUUCUCCACGGAUUCCAACCAGUGGUUGUCCCAGGCCGAGCGCGAAGCCCUUCGCAAAAAAGAGCAAGAGCUUGUAGAACUCCGCCAUGCCUCCCGUCUUAGCCGGAAGAUCACCAUUGACUUUGCAGGACGCAAAGUUCUAGAAGAAGAUGAUAACCUGUCUGAGUACCAUACGAGGUUUGAUGACACGGUUCAAGCAAUUAACUCCGGGACAGUCGUUAAAUCGCCUCGAACAGGAGAAAGAUCAGAUGUCUCCUAUCUCGUCAAUCCCAGCAUGCUGCUCCCCCCUCCCAUGUGGGUAGAUCAGGUCAGUGUUGGCGCACACAGGAAGAAAGGGCCUUUAGAAGGUGCAGAGGAGCAGUCAGACAGGAACCGACUGCGCAUACAGGACAAGGAGCUUCAGGAGAUCAGUGACCUGGGCAUGUGUCUGAGUAUGCACCAGCCCUGGGCAUCACUCCUGGUCGCAGGUAUCAAAAGGGUGGAGGGCAGGACAUGGUACAGUGCUCACAGAGGACGCCUGUGGAUUGCAGCAGCUGCAAAGAGACCUUCCCCGCAGGAAAUUUCCGAACUGGAAACAUCAUAUCGAGUUCUAAUUGACAAAGACGUGGAUUUUCCCAAGGAUUACCCCACUGGAUGCCUCUUGGGUUGUGUGGAGGUGGUGGACUGCUUGCCGUUGGAGCAAUUUACAGAGCAGUAUUCGUCUCUCAGCCAAGAAUCCAAUUCUCCGUUUGUAUUUAUCUGCACCAAUCCUCAAGAACUGCUGCUGAAAUUCCCCAUGAAAGGCCAACACAAGAUCUGGAGAUUGGAUUCCAAAAUUCACCAGGCAGCCAAAAAGGGUUUAAUGACCAGAAAGGACCACAAUGAAUUGUCCAGCAAAAGUGCCAAAAAGAGUCGACCAGGAAAAGUCAGAUGAGAAGGUUUCUCUUGGAAGAUUUCAUCUGGAGCCAUAAGCUGCUUUAGAGUAAAACAGAAUUCCAGGCACUACUGAAUCAGAUAAUGAGGACUUCCAAUAAAAAAUAAACCUUAAAUUACA